AUUGGCGUCGUCAGCAGCUAGCUAGCUACGUACGUAUACUCAUUGCCGUCGUCAGCAGCUAGCAUUCAUUGGUAAACACCUCUACUACGAGUAAAAUAAUGGCAACGCCGAAUGAUACAGGAAAGCAGCGAUUCGAGAAACCUUUGGAUCAGGACUGUGCUCAAAAUUUGGAUAUUAUAACAGCUUUGCGCAAGAAAGAGGAAGGGGAAAAAGUAUUUCGAAACAACCCGGAUUCGGGUUCUGAAGGCACGCCGUCUCCAACAGAAGAAACUAGCGGUGCCGGAUCUCCUCCACAGCAUUAUAAGGUAGAAUAAUCUCUGUAUAGUGACUGUAUUUUUACCUAAUGGUGUCUCAUUCCAAGAUUAUUAAUGAUCCCAUCCAUGGCCACAUUCAAUUAGACAGCAUCUUGAUAAAAAUCAUUGACACCCCGCAAUUCCAGAGGCUGAGGGACAUAAAACAAUUAGGGUGUACAUAUAGAGUAUUCCCUGGAGCCUCUCAUAAUCGGUUUGAACACGCCAUUGGGGCCUGUCACUUGGCUGGAGAAUUGGUUGAAGUUAUUAGGAAUUUACAAACAGACGUCUAUACUGGGAAUAUGCCAAUCGUUACGCCAGUUGAUGCUCUGUGUGUAAAAAUUGCUGCCCUUUGCUACAACUUGGGGUAUGGACCUUUCUCUCACGUGUUUGACGAGAUGUGUGCAGAGAAAAUUUCAGGGUGGAGCGUUGAAAAGGCAUCUGUUGUGAUGUUUCAAUGCAUUAUAAAUGCCAAUGAAAACGAGAAACUAAGGAGGUCUCUGAGGCAGUUGGAGGUCAAUGAUGCUGAACUAAGAUUUAUUGAAGCACUUAUAGACCAAAGUCUUCCCUAACCCAAGAGAUGGAAAAGAAGGCGUUUCUGAGGAAGGUGGUGAGAGACCCAGAGACCAGUAUUGAUGCUGUAACAAUGGACUCAAUUGCUCGGGACAGCUAUCUUCUUAACAUUCCCAGCAGCUUCGACCACAAACGAUUAGUGAAGUUUGUUAGAUUAAACAAGAAAAGAGGCAGUGAGGAGUAUGUUCUUUGCUACCGGGAAAUAGAAGCUCAUGAUCUGUACUCCAUGUUUCUGAGUCGCCUCAGCCUCCAGACAAAAGCAUACAAACACAAGACAGUGCAGCUCUUGGAAUGGAUGUUGAGGCAAGCACUUGAGAAAGCAGAUGAAGUUCUAGAGUUGACUGAAACAGCACGUGGGUUGCUCAGUGACGAGGAGGCUGUGAGGAAGGCAGCAGCCGUGAAGUAUACACGACUCACUGACUAUGUGAUGGAUCGAAUCAUGGAGAGCGGGGAGCCAUCUUUGAGAGACUUCAAAGGAAAAUGUGGGCAGACGUUCAACACAGAAAGCUGUUGAAGUUUAUCGGUACAGUUCAGACUGUCUCAACUGGACAAGAUCCAGAUACCCAAACCUUUCAGUCAAAACUGAGGCAGCUACAGAGUGAUGCUAGCCAGAGAGAUUCUCUGAAAAGCUGCGAAAUUGAUCGUCAAGUACAACUUUGGAACCGAGCUGUGUGAGAAUCCAGUUGAACACGUAUUUUUCUACUACAAAAGUGCCCCGUCUGUCCCAGUGACACUCAAAAGAGAGAAAGUGUCCAAGAUACUCCCGGCUGUAUUUACCGAGGUUGCUCUUCGCGUGUAUCAUAAACGUUCACAUGAUCUGUCUACCUAUACCAGCGUUGCCAGGGAGUUUCAAGGACUGAUUGCAGAGAAGUAUUCACAAAGCCUGAAAUGGACGGGGGUUCUCCCACAAAGUUCACCGCCAACUCCGGAGCCAACUGCCAGCCAUGCAGGAAGCCCUUAAAACUGAAGUGUGAUAACUUUUUGGAUGUUUGUGAACAUUUUUAUCCCAUUGUAUAGCUAAGUAUAAUAAUCACUACAAAAUCACUUUAAAGGGUGAUGAUGAUAUAUAAGAGUGUAACUACAAAACUUAUU